AUGGCUCACAGGCCACGCAACGUGCUUUCCAAGGUCGAGCGUGAUGCACUUAAGGAACUCAGGGCCGACAACGACCUCGUUAUCGUGCCUGCGGACAAGGGGCUUUCAACGGUCGUAUUGGACAGGACAGAAUACAAUCAAAAAGCCAAAAGCUUGUUGGAGGAUCGUCAGUCCUAUGUCCCAUGCGAAUCCAACCCCAUGAAAACGCUGAUACGCGACAUUAACGCGACGCUGUUGGCAAUGGAGAACUCAGGUGCAAUAUCGCCAAUCGACCGACGCAUGGCGAGAGCACAAGAAACGGCCCUAGCCCGAUUCUACGGUCUCCCAAAAGUGCACAAAGAGGGCGCUACUCUCCGGCCUAUCGUAUCACUAAAGGGCACUCCAACCUACGGACUGGCAAAGUGGCUGUUCCAACGCCAAAAUUUUCUGACCUCCGAUUCGAACACCACAGUCAGCUCGUCAACGCAAUUCUUGGAGAAACUUAAAGGAGUAAGUCUCCUGCCAAGCGAUAUCACGGUUUCCUUUGGUGUCACGUCCCUUUUUACUUCUAUCCCGCAGGACCUGGCAGUCGAGACCAUCGAACUACUCCUACGAGAGAAAAACGACGAAACGGAGAGUCGCCUCCCACACGCCCAAAUCAUCCAGCUCCUGAAGUUCUGUCUCAAGACGUACUUUACGUUCGACGGAACAAUCUACGAGCAGGUGAAGGAAACGCCAAUGGGUUCGCCGAUUUCGGGACUCAUAGCCGAGGCGGUCCUACAACGGCUGGAGUCGCUGGUUUUCCGACACCACAGACCGAAAUUUUGGGCUCGGUAUGUGGAUGACACCUUCGUCGUCAUCGAACGGGAUCAGGUGCUGACGUUCAAAGAACAACUCAACGCCGUCUUCCCGGACAUUCAAUUUACGAUGGAGGAGGAGGAAAACAAUCAGCUGGCCUUCCUGGAUGUCCUCGUCUGCCGCAAAGAUUGUGGUGGCCUAAAAACCAAAGUGUUCAGGAAAGCGACAAAUACGACGCAAAUACUGAAUUUCAAUAGCAACCACCCGAUCAGUCACAAACGCAGUUGCGUAAGGGCGCUAUAA